UUUAGGACCCUGCAAAAGGUUAUCUAGAACAAGGUGUUACUGUGACUCUUGCAACAAAUUAAAGAGGUCAUCUCAAAAUCCUGGAAAGCUAGAUGGCAUGAAGAAUGGUUUGUGACAUUGCGUUACCUUAACCGUUUUUUGGGAUGACCAUCUCUUCAUUUCUUUACAUUCAAAGAUGUUGUGCAAGAAGAAUAGAUCUGCUGGUUGGGCUGCUUUUGAUCUCAAGCAGAAGCAAAAAUAAGGUCUCAAACUAGACUUUGAUAUUGACCCCUAUACACCCAUGCCAAAUAAGGCAAGCACUCUUGCUCCCUCUGGAAACUUAAUGCUGAGAAAUGUUCCACCAGUGAAGGCUUCUUCAUCAGUAGUACAACCUGAAAUGGAAAAUAAUACCGUUAAGGUUCUUGAGAAGCUGAAAGAGUUCCAUGGCUGGGCUGACAAUAGUUUGACUGAGGACAUUGUAGCUGCUGUGAACAACAAUUUUGACCAGGCUUCUACUCCAUUGAAAGAUAUGGUUACAUCCAGUAGCAGCUCUGAAGAGAAUAAGCCAGUAGACCUUGCAGAACUGAAAGCUGUUAUUUGGGGCUGUCUUGAUGACAUGAAGCCUGAACCGAUGGAUGGAGGUGUUAUUUUUGAAAAUAAGUUAUCUAAUGGUACUAUGGACAUUAAACUGUUGUCAAGGCCCUUAAUGUCUCUACCUGCUGAGCCUGAGCGAAAAGAGGACGAUGUAUACUUGACCCAUCGUAAAGAUGCAGUAAGAAUGAAAAGAAACUUAAUGCUGAGAAAUGUUUCACCAGCGAAGGCUCUCUCAUCAGUGCUCCAACCUGAAAUGGACUUUCCAAUUCCCAUUGAUGACAAUGAUUCAAAAAGACAACCAUCAGAUGGUAAUCCUAGUAGGACACUUGAUAAUAAGGUUGUGAAGGAAAAUAAUACCAUUAAGGUUCUUGAGAAGCUGAAAGAGCUCUAUGGUGGGGCUGACAAUAGUUUGACUGAGGACAUUGUAGCUGCUGUGAACAACAAUUUUGACCAGGCUUCUAAUCCAAUGAAGGGAAUGGUUACAUCCAGCAGCAGCUCUGAAGAGGAUAAGUCAGUAGACCUUGCAGAAUUGAAAGCUGUUAUUCGGGGCUGUCUUGAUGACAUGAAGUCUGAAUUGAUGUCUCUACCUGCUGAGCCUGUGCGGGAAGAGGACGAUGUAUACUUGACCCAUCGUAAAGAUGCGAUAAGAGUGGUAAGGUCAGCAUCUCAGUAUACACUAGCAGCCAAGAACGCCUUUCUAAGAGGUGACCACUUCUCUGCUCAACAGCUCUCACUUAAGGCCCAAGAAGAAUGGAGGCUUGCUAAACAGCUGAAUGCAUCGGCAGCUGAGGAAAUUUUAACUAUUACAAAUAGAAAAAAUAAUAUAUGGAAGUUGGACUUACAUGGCCUCCAUGCAUGCGAAGCUGUGCAUGCCUUACAGAAGCAUCUUCAGAAGAUUGAAACACAGAUGCCUUUGAAUUGUGCUGUACCUCUCAAGAAAGUCAAGCCCAAAGUUGGAAUAGUAUGUCCUCCAUUGGUCGAGACACAUAGUUGCAAGGGCAUGGAGUUGAAGGCUGAUGUUCAAAACUACACGUUAUCCAGUCGGAGAUGGGCAAUAUUGGAGGUUAUAACAGGGAAGGGUAACCACAGCCGACGAAAACCUGUUCUUCCUUCAACAAUCAGAAGUUUCCUCCUUGAGAAUGGAUGCAUUGGAGAAUGUAUCUUGACCAUAGAUUUCCCAACCCAUGAAUUCCAUUGUCUUGCAGAUAUCGUUUUAAGAUGAGGCCUGGUGCAAUUGCAGUCCAUCCCAAGUUCCGUAACAGGUGAAAACAAUAGGUUAUGUAUUACCAAAUGUAAAAUAUGCGUCUAAUUAGUGCAUGUCAUUUAACUUAUCUUUGAGCUGUUAUCAAAUUGUGCUUUAGAAGGCUUUGCUCUUUGAAUAAGAUUAUCACAGAUUAAACUAACAAGUUAUGGGUGUGUUCUGAAUUGUAAUUUUGUAGUGGUUUGAGGCUGAAUUGUAAUUCAUUGUUGUCUAUGUUUUAUCAUUGGCUGUAGUAAAUGUAUUAAGACCUGAAUAAUGAUUCCUUUUCUGAGAAAAA